AGUGACGCGCUUAAUUUGGACCUUCAUCCCGUUCCUAUAUAUAGCUACCUUCCCUGACACUCUAAAGCCAUCUUGGAAUUCAAAAGAAUUUUCCAUGGCUUCUAACAAAACCCUUACUCUUGUUUUCUUUGUAUUAUUGGGCUUCGGUAUUUGUUCAGCCACUAGAGCCCUCCUCACUCUUCAAGCUGGAAAUGUUCACGUUGGCUAUGACAAUGUUGUGCAAGCUGCUAUAGGAGAACAUGGGGUAACUGGCUACGGAGGUGGUGCUGGUAGUGGAGAAGGUGGUGGUGCAGGAUAUGGAGCUGCAGGUGGACAUGGCGGUGGAGGUGGUGGUGGUAGUGGUGGUGGAGGUGGAGCUGCUUAUGGUUCCGAAGGUGCUGGAUAUGGAAGUGGUAGUGGGCAAGGAGGUGGUGUUGGAUAUGGUGCCGGUGGACAAAAUGGGGCUGGAUAUGGUGGCGGGGGUGGUGGGGGAAGUGGAGGUGGAGGUGCAUACGGUGCAAGAGGAGAACAUGGUGCUAGUUAUGGAAGUGGUGAAGGAAGUGGUGCUGGUAGCGGCUAUGGAGCAGGGGGAGGGAAUGGUGCUGGCUCAGGUGGAGGAGGUGGUGGGGGGAGUGGUGGUGGUGGUGGAGCAGGCUAUGGUGCAGGAGGAGCGCAUGGAGGUGGGUAUGGUAGUGGGUCAGGAGCUGGUGGAGGUUAUGGUAUUGGUGGUGGAGCUGGUGGUGGUUAUGGUGGUGGUGGUGGAGGUGGUUCUGGUGGUGGUGGCGGCAGUGGUAGUGGAGGUGCCCAUGGGGGUGGUUAUGGAGCAGGUAGUGGAGAGGGUGGUGGACAUGGUGGCUAUGUCCCUUGAAACUAUGUACCUUCUCCCUUUGAUCAUUUUUAAGAAGAGUGCAUGCAUGCGUGAAUCUUGUAACCUUAGU